GCAAUGAUGAAGUUGAAUGAUUAUUUUCCAAAACAAAUGAAAUCUCGUUAGCUUGGUUAGCUUUCGGUACAAAUGUUUUACUUGGUUUCUGCAUGAUUUUUAAAUUGCUCAUUGUGAAACGAUGUUUACUCAUCUCUCUGGAGGCCGUCUGAACGUGCAGUUACUUCAGGAAGCAGCCGCCCGGGAGUUAGUUGAAAUAUUGGAUCGCUGUGAAGGGACAAAGGCCAUCAUUUGGGAUGAAUCAUUGGGUGGCCCGGUCGGUUUGGUUGCGCGGUAUACGUUUCUCAAAGAGCACCAUGUUACCAAGAUGUACCAACUGCGGCCUGAGCCGUGGACCGACAUUGACGUAAAGAACAUAAUAUUCAUUACCCGACCAAAUCAAACCCUCAUGGAUUACAUCGCAAAUAAUAUACACGAAGAGGAACGAAAGAAAAAAGUUAGCAAAAAGGAAUAUUAUCUGUACUUCCUACCGAAAAAGUCUUUUCUCUGCGAGAAGCGGCUGCAGGUAAAAGGCGUCCACGGAAGUUUGGCGUACAUUGGAGAAUUCAAAUGCGACUUUUUUCCAUUCGACAACGAUUUUCUUUCUAUGGAACUUAAAGAUGCUUUCAAAGAUCUUUAUAUUGAAGGUGACACCUCAAGCCUGCAUCAAUCAGCAUGCGCUUUGAUAGCGCUACAAAAAUUAUACGGCCGAAUACCGAAAGUCUACGGUAAAGGAAGUUGUGCCCAACGGGUCUGGGAAUUGACGAAGGCAAUGGCUGAUGAGGACGAAACGAUACUGAACGGCGCAAGCUGCGAUAAGGGCGUUAUCGAUCAGAUGAUCAUACUCGAUAGGUCAAUCGAUUUAAUGAGUGUUCUGGCAACUCAGCUAACCUACGAGGGCUUAAUCGACGAAAUUUUUGGCAUCAACAACACCACCGUUAAUUUACCGGCUGAAAAAUUCACUUCGGGGGAGGGGUUCGCUAUCGAAAAGAACACCGAAAAAAAUCAGUUCAUUCUAAACUCGAAAGAGCAAUUGUUCGCCGAGCUGCGAGACAAAAAUUUCAAUGCCGUUGGUGCAGUUCUUUCUCGGCUGGCCAAAUCAAUACGCUCCAGAGCUAACGAAAAUCACGGUGAAAAAUCUAUUCAGGAGUUAAAAAAGUUUGUUGAAAGUUUGCCUCACAUCAAAGCGAACGAACAAUCACUGGCAACCCAUACAAAAAUUGCCGAACUUAUCAAAGAAGUUAUUUCAUCUGACGCCUUUUUAGAUGAACUUGGCUGUGAGCAAGAGUUCAUGAUGUGCUCCGAUGUCGAUAAACCGAAUCCGUUCAUCGAAGAUUUGAUUGCAAAAGAAGCACCCCUGCGCAACGUGCUUCGUCUAAUGUGCAUGCAAUCGAUUGCCGGAUCCGGCUUGAAACCUAGAGUUCUGGACUAUUACAAGCGAGAGCUGGUUCAGGUGUAUGGUUUACAAACUUUAUUGACAAUUGGGAACCUCGAAAAAGCAGGGCUACUGAAGCCACAGACAAGUACACGAAGUUAUGCUGUUCUACGUAAAACGUUGAACCUAACAGCUGAAAAUCCAGAGGAGGUUUCCCCCAAAGACAUUUCCUAUGUACACAGCAUUUAUGCGCCCCUUUCGGUACGCAUUAUCGAACAGCAUCUCAAGCCGAACGGCUGGCAGGGACUGAAUGACGUCUUGUCCGGUUUACCGGGUCCCACUUUUGAAGACUUCCAAUCGUCAAUGACGCUGAAUAAUCGGCGGGGUUCAUUUACAUCGGAGAUUUCCCAAUCGGACAUUCCACGAGUCGUUGUUGUAUUCUUCGUCGGUGGAUGCACGUUCGCCGAAAUCUCCGCCCUUCGCUUCCUUGCCCAGCAAGACGAGAACAACGUGGAAUUUGUCGUAUGCACCACGAAAUUAGUUAAUAAAAAUAAUUUCCUUGAUACGUUUAUUGAGAAAAACUAAGUAAAGUACUAAUCGAAAGAUCGAAGUACCCUAAUAUAUCCAUCAGAUAAAAAAUGAUUGAAAA